AUGAUGAGCGGAGAGGGAAAGGUGGUUUGCGUGACCGGUGCUUCCGGCUUCAUAGCUUCUUGGCUCGUCAAGCUUUUGCUCCGCCGUGGUUACACUGUCCACGCCACCGUUCGCUGCCUCAAGGAUCCAAAUAAGGUGUCACAUCUUCUUGCAUUAGAUGGUGCCAAGGAAAGACUGCAUUUGUUUGAAGCCGACUUACUUGACGAAAACUCUUUUGAUCAUGCAAUUAAUGGAUGUGAAGGUGUUUUCCACACAGCAUCACCUGUUUCUUUUUCACCAUCUGCAACUAAGACAGAACUAGUGGAUCCUGCACUGAAGGGGACAUUAAAUGUUCUUGGAUCUUGUGUGAGAACACCUUCUGUGAAAAGGGUAGUGGUAACAUCCUCAACAGCUUCAAUUUUUGUCAAACGAAAUCCUAUAACACCGAUUGAAGUAGUCGACGAGACUUGGUUUUCUGAUAAAGAAUUUGCAGAGGAAACAAAGCUAUGGUAUGUCCUGUCUAAAAUCCUUGCGGAGGAAGCAGCAUGGAAAUAUGCAGGGGAGAAUGGGAUUGAUAUGGUUUCAUUGCAUCCUUGUGUUGUUAUUGGCCCUAUUCUACAACCAACUCUUAACUUUUCGACCAAUGUGAUUCUAGAGCUCGUAAAAGAGGAAAAGGAGUUUUCUUCUGGAAUGAAUUGUUAUGUUGAUGUUCGAGAUGUUGCAAAUGCACAUAUCCAAGCAUUUGAGCUACCUUCCGCUAGUGGAAGAUACCUUUUGAUUGGUGAAACAAUACACUCUUCUCAGGUUCUGAAGAUUGCAGCCCAGCUUUACCCUUCUCUUCCCAUUCCUGACAAAUAUAAAGGAGACUUGCCCGUAGUGCCAACCUUCAAAGUAUCCCAGGAAAAGGCAAAAAGCUUGGCCAUCAACUUUACUUCUUUUGCAGUGACCCUUAAGGAUACUAUUGAAAGUUUAAAGGAGAAAAACUUUCUCAGUAUGAAAGAUUGGGCAAAUACAAGAACAAGUAAGGAACAAGGCAUUUUGCAGUUGAAAAGGAGCCAAGGAAGCACUAAACAAAUGCAUAAGGGCAUGAAAUCUGAAGAAAUGAGCGGAGAGGGGAAGGUGGUAUGCGUGACCGGUGCUUCCGGUUUCAUAGCUUCUUGGCUCGUCAAGCUUUUGCUCCACCGUGGUUACACCGUCCACGCCACCGUUCGCAGCCUCAAGGAUCCAAAUAAGGUGUCACAUCUUCUUGCAUUAGAUGGUGCCAAGGAAAGACUGCAUUUGUUUGAAGCUGACUUAGUUGAGGAAAACUCUUUUGAUACUGCAAUUAAUGGGUGUGAAGGUGUUUUCCACACAGCAUCACCUGUUUCUUUUUCACCAUCCGCAACUAAGACAGAACUAGUGGAUCCUGCAGUGAAAGGGACACUAAAUGUUCUUGGAUCAUGUGUGAGAACACCUUCUGUGAAAAGGGUAGUGGUCACAUCCUCAACGGCUUCAAUUCUUGUCAAACGAAAUCCUAUAACACCGACUGAGGUAGUCGACGAGACUUGGUUUUCUGAUAAAGAAUUUGUAGAGGAAACAGAGAAAUGGUAUAUCCUGUCUAAAAUCCUUGCGGAGGAAGCAGCAUGGAAAUAUGCAGGGGAGAAUGGGAUUGACAUGGUUUCAUUGCAUCCUUGUCUUGUUAUUGGCCCUCUUCUACAACCAACUCUUAACUUUUCAACCAAGGUGAUUCUAGACCUUGUAAAAGAGGAAAAGGAUUUCUUUCCUGGAAUCAAUUGUUAUGUUGAUGUUAGAGAUGUUGCAAAUGCACAUAUCCAAGCAUUUGAGUUACCUUCCGCCAGUGGAAGAUACCUUUUGAUUGGUGAAGCAACAUACUCUUCUCAGGUUCUGAAGAUUGCAGCCCAGCUUUACCCUUCUCUUCCCAUCCCUGACAAAUAUAAAGGAGACUUGCGUGUAGUGCCAACCUUCAAAGUAUCCCAGGAAAAGGCAAAAAGCCUGGGCAUCAACUUUACUUCUUUUGCAGUGACCCUUAAGGAUACUAUUGAAAGUUUAAAGGAGAAAAACCUCCUCAGCUUCUAAUUUUUUGAUUUCAUGUUGUUUUUGUAGUGUUGUUGAAUCUCUGUAAUGUACUAAUAGUCAAAGAAGACUAAACAUCAAACAUGUCUUAUUAUGAUUUCCCUGGUUUAUUGUAGUGACUUAUUUUACUGACCGGAAGAUUUCAAGUCACAUUAAA